CAUGGUUUCUUAGGUUUAUGAACAAGGAAGCUGAAUGAAGUUCCUUUCCUUUCUGGGUGAGCCCCUGGGUUUCUGGAAGAUCCUUAAAAUCUUAAAAUGGCUUCUGAGCACUGAAGCCCAAGCUGUUAGCUGACCUGUGUGAGGCCAUGAGACAGAAUGCCACAGCCACACCCCAAGGAUGCUGAAGGGGUUUCCCUCUUCUGUGGUUUUUCUCCUUUCUCCUCGAGGGGCUCCUCCUACAUGGAAGAGGAGGGCAAUGAAGAAAUGGAUUGGAUCUCAUUUUUCCAUCUUGGACCUUUCCUGUGCUCCUUUCCACUUAGUAGAGGAAAGGUGUAGCCGAGUGGGAAGGAACACAGAAGUCACAGCAGUUCCAGCAAAGUCAGAGGUUCCAUGGAAGAGGUGCACACAGCAUGCGGCAACAGGGAAGAUUUGACCGGGGGAUGGAUAGAGAUUCCACUGAGGAGCCCGUCAGAGCUCAGCCCAGGAAAUGGACCUUCAGUGGGUAUGUUGACAGCACACCAUCACCCUGCCGAGGCAUAUAUCAUGAGGAAAAGGUUUGGACCAUAUCGAGAGUACUGCAUCCAAGUCUGGCCAACCCUCUUCCUCACUGUGAGGGUAUCUAUGUAAAUUGAAGUACAUUAUUAGAAAAAGGACAGGUUGUGAAUAGACAUGAACACUUGGUGAUACACAAAAUUACUGAAAGAGUCAGAAAUGCCUAAAGAAAGGGAGAUUAUGGGUGUAGCAGAUCAAUCUUGGAAUUUGCAGAGGAUCCCACUGUGAAAGACUUUUUGUCUUUCAGGCUUCUCUUGUGGUGUGGCUCCUGGAAGCCGCCUAGCACCUGUGGCCAGAAACUGUAGGAAAAAGGAGUAGAUUUCAUCUCUGUAAGAAACUUCCUUGUGGUGAAAACUGCCUAGAGAUGGAAUGAGAAAAUGGUGAGCUCCCCAUUAUUGGAGGUGUUCAAGUAUAGGCUGAGCGGUGACAAUUACGAAAGCUGUAUGACAGUCCCAAACAUCAGCGUGUGCCUAGAUUCUUUCAUUUCGGGUCAGUUCCACACAAGACAGGCUCCGUGUCAGUGAGGACCCAGUGGUGUUUUUGAACAGGUGGCAGAAAAACAGUGAUAUAUAAAAUAAAUGCAGAGAGAGAUCUCCACAUCAAGCCAACCCCUCCUCCUUACCUGUAAGUUCUCCAUGUGAGUGAGCUCUGGGCUCCCAACUGCACUUGUCAAACUCCCAUUGUUAGAGCACAGAUAAAUGCUUCCGGCCACCCAAGCAGGAGGGGCCCACCUCAACUUGAGGGCUGCUCUAUUUUAGUUUUCCGUAGCUGGAGAUUGAGUAUCACGCUUUUCUAAUCUUGUACUUCUGAAAGGGCCCUGUUUUCUCUUGAACCCUACCCACUCCUUUCACAGAUCAAAUACCAACUACAUCAGACAGAUAGAAGCUCGAAUGAGAAAAUGCAUUUUAAUAAAACCCCAUUGAUUUUUGUGGAUGCAAGUCAAGGAACGGGCACCUAAAGAGUCUUCCAUCCCCUGCCACCUCCCCCCUCUCUCCUGGCCUACACCGGGCGGUCACACAUCGAUUGGCUUCCUAGAUAAUAGAUGGUGCCACCCGGUAGGGACCUCUGGGGACGCGCCGGGAGCUGGAAGAGUCGCACGCAGCAGCCCAGCCCUGAGUUAAUCAAACUAGCAACAGGAUCUCAAGCAGCAGCAGCAGCAGCGACUGCGGUGGCAAGAGUAGCGGCGGCGGCGGCGGCGGCGGCGGCGGCAGCGUUAUGCGUGAUUACUGACAGGCACCAGCUGCUGCCGCCACAGCCGUCUCAAACGCACUAUGUGGACUCUCCGAUCUAGAGGCAGAUUCCUGACUAAUCCCAGAGGGCUGGCCCAGCCUGUGCUCCCCGGGCUGCUAGGAAGCGAUGACCACUCUUGUUAGUCCAAGUUGAAGAAAGCCGGGCUGUGCCUGGGCGCCGGGAGAGGCUGUAAUAUUUAGAAGCCGCACAGGAGAGGAACAUGAACUGAAGAGUAAACAUGUAUGGAAAUUAUUCUCACUUCAUGAAGUUUCCCGCAGGCUAUGGAGGCUCCCCUGGCCACACUGGCUCUACAUCCAUGAGCCCGUCGGCAGCCUUGUCCACGGGGAAACCAAUGGACAGCCACCCCAGCUACACGGACACCCCAGUGAGUGCCCCACGGACUCUGAGUGCAGUGGGGACCCCCCUUAAUGCCCUGGGCUCUCCAUAUCGAGUCAUCACCUCUGCCAUGGGCCCACCCACAGGAGCACUGGCAGCCCCUCCAGGAAUCAACCUGGUUGCCCCACCCAGCUCUCAGCUAAAUGUGGUCAACAGUGUCAGCAGUUCAGAGGACAUCAAGCCCUUAGCAGGGCUUCCCGGGAUUGGAAACAUGAACUACCCGUCCACCAGCCCUGGAUCGCUGGUUAAACACAUCUGUGCCAUCUGUGGAGACAGAUCCUCAGGAAAGCACUACGGGGUGUACAGUUGUGAAGGCUGCAAAGGGUUCUUCAAGAGGACGAUAAGGAAGGACCUCAUCUACACAUGUCGGGAUAAUAAAGAUUGCCUGAUUGACAAGCGUCAGCGCAACCGCUGCCAGUACUGUCGCUAUCAGAAGUGCCUUGUCAUGGGCAUGAAGAGGGAAGCUGUGCAAGAAGAAAGACAGAGGAGCCGGGAGCGAGCCGAGAGUGAGGCAGAAUGUGCCAGUAGUGGUCAUGAAGACAUGCCCGUGGAGAGAAUUCUAGAAGCUGAACUUGCUGUUGAACCAAAGACAGAAUCCUAUGGUGACAUGAACAUGGAGAACUCGACAAAUGACCCUGUUACCAACAUAUGUCAUGCGGCUGACAAGCAGCUUUUCACCCUCGUCGAAUGGGCCAAGCGUAUUCCCCACUUCUCUGACCUCACCUUGGAGGACCAGGUCAUUCUGCUUCGGGCAGGGUGGAAUGAAUUGCUGAUUGCCUCUUUCUCCCACCGCUCAGUUUCCGUGCAGGAUGGCAUCCUUCUGGCCACGGGUUUACAUGUCCACCGGAGCAGUGCCCAUAGUGCUGGGGUCGGCUCCAUCUUUGACAGAGUUCUAACUGAGCUGGUUUCCAAAAUGAAAGACAUGCAGAUGGACAAGUCAGAGCUGGGGUGCCUGCGAGCCAUUGUGCUCUUUAACCCAGAUGCCAAGGGCCUCUCCAACCCCUCUGAGGUGGAGACUCUGCGAGAGAAGGUUUAUGCCACCCUCGAGGCCUACACCAAGCAGAAGUAUCCGGAACAGCCAGGCAGGUUUGCCAAGCUGCUGCUGCGCCUCCCAGCUCUGCGCUCCAUUGGCUUGAAAUGCCUGGAGCACCUCUUCUUCUUCAAGCUCAUCGGGGACACCCCCAUUGACACCUUCCUGAUGGAGAUGUUGGAGACCCCGCUGCAGAUCACCUGAGCCCCACCAGCCACAGCCUUCCCACCCAGGAUGACCCCUGGGCAGGUGUGUGUGGACCCCCACCCCGCACUUUCCUCCACCUCCCACCCUGACCCCUUUCCUGUCCCCAAAAUGUGAUGCUUAUAAUAAAGAAAACCUUUCUACACAUGA